AUGCAGAACAUGAAAUAUAUCAACCAAGCAAUUCCGGGACUCAUGGCUCAGCUGAACAUGGAAGUAUUUGGAAAUAAUAAUGAUGAUGGGGGUGUUUGCAUGGGUGACUGGGUCAUUCACGAAGGAAAACUGGUUAGGGCCAACGAUCCAUCGGUGGCUGGACUUCGUUUAAAGAUAUUAGACGGUGAAGAGUUACUCACUUGCAUUCUGAUGAUAUUGCAAGGGAAAGCAAUAUGGUAUGAGCAAGAGAUCCUGACGUAA